AUGGAAUACAUGGAUUCUUUUAUAUCUAAUCCUGUUCGCUUUUGGUUAUUUCUAACAGCUCUUAUUCCAUCUGUUGGCUGUUCCAUUGCUAUCCUUUAUUACAUGCUUUCUAGUCAAACUCGACGUCGUGCCAUUAACAAUCAUGUUAUUAUUGUUCUUUUAUUCAAUAAUUUGAUCUAUGAACUUAUAGAUAUUUCAUUAUUUCUUAACUAUUAUCGUUUAGACACUGUAUCACCUGCAACACAAAGUUUAUGUUUAAUGUGGAUAUUUAUUGAUGAAACAUUGUAUACUGUUUCAACAAUAGUUGUUGCUUGGGCAUCAAUUGAACGACAUAUACUUAUCUUUCAUAGUCAAUGGUUAUCUAGUAGCAGAAGACGUUUUCUUAUUCAUUACGCUCCGUUGGCAUUACUCGUAUCUUAUAUCAUUUUGUUUCAUUUUGUUAUCAUCAUAUUUCCACCAUGUGAAAAUACGUAUGAUUAUACACAAGAAAUAUGUGGCCAUCCACUAUGUUUUCACGAUUCGAAGUUGAUCGGCACAUGGGAUAGUAUUGCACAUAAUAUUAUACCAACUCUAACAAUUGUAAUCUUUAGCAUUACUCUUCUUGUACGAGUUCUACUUCAAAAUCGUCGGAUGCAUCAAGUUGUCCAAUGGCGAAAACAUCGAAAAAUGGCAAUUCAAUUACUGUCGAUUUCUAUGCUCUAUCUUUUCCUUUAUAUUCCAAUUAUGUGCAUUGAUUUGGCAGAACUGUGCUGUAUAUCUCACGAACUUGGUGGUCAUUUUGAACAAUAUGCACGAUUUCUUUCAUAUUAUGUCAUAUUUCUUCUUCCAUUUGUCUGUCUUGUUUCUUUAAUGGAAAGCGUAUGGCAACUCAAAAACAUUUUUCCAUGUUGGUAUCGAUUAACACCAAUAAUUCAUCCUACAAUACAUUUCAUACCAAGACAACCAAACGCAAUAGAAAUCAACACAUAA